GUCCCACAACGCCCUUUCCUCCAGGUAUAUAUAAGGGGAGCAGCCAGGUAGUAGCAUCAGUCUCAAUUACUACUACACCAUGAACGCUAAGGUCAUCUUCCUCCUGGGUCUGGUGGCGGUGGUUGCCGCAGACAAGCUUCCUACCUCCUAUGGUCCACCUCCCCAGGUAUCCAGGUACGCCUCAUCUGAGGAGGAGUCUGAUCCCCCAAAGUAUGUCUACAACUGGAACGUGCAGGACAGCUACUCUGGCAAUGACUUCGCCCACCAGGAGGACCGUGAAGACGACAACACCAAGGGGUCGUACACCGUGCAGCUUCCCGACGGUCGUCUGCAGACUGUUACAUACUACGUGGACGGUGACUCAGGCUACGUGGCCGAGGUCAGCUACCAGGGUGAGGCUCAGUACCCCGAGUCUGAAGAGUCCAGGGAGUACGCCCCACCCAGGCCCCGGUACUCCGCCCCCCAGUCUGAGGAAUCUGUGGAGGCUCCCGUGUACUCUCCACCCAGGCGAUCAUACGGUGCCCCUCAGUAACUCGUUCACGAAAGAGGACAUACGACUAUACAUGUUUUAACACCAUUGUUUCCUAAGACUAUUUUCAGUCAUGAAAUUUUUGUAAAUUAUUCCAAAUUAUGUUUAUCUCCAACUUCAAAUAUCUUUAAGAAUUUCUCAGAAUUUAUCUCUUACUUUCUUCAGAUGGAGAUAAUAUUCUCUUCUUUCUUUAAUCUGUAUUGCACUUUCUCGAGUGAAAUUUCUCUACUAUUAUAUGUACCAUUAUCUUACUGUGAAUAUUUAUUAAACUGAAUAAAUUAUGAAGAAUGAA